GGCGAGCGCGGCCGCGGCGGAGGCGGCGCCGAGAGGAGGGGCGGCGGGGCCGAGCGGAGCGGAGCGCCGCGCAGCGCUCUGGCCAUCGGUAGCCGCCGCCAGAAUGCCCUGGCCCGCGGGGCGCUCCGCCGCCAGCCACCCCCGCGGUCCCCGGCCGCCCGCGCUCGGCCCGAGGGCGCGGGAACCGCAGCUGGAGCCCGAGGCGAGAGCAGCGAGCCGGAGCCCCGGGCGCCCGAAUGCAGGCUGCUCGUGGUCCCUGAUGUCCUUGAUCCGCUACAGGUGAGGGCUACUGCUCUGUAACAAGGCCUGGCUCAGAGGAGGAUGCACCAUGAGUGAUGAGCGGCGGCUGCCUGGCAGUGCGGUGGGCUGGCUGGCAUGUGGAGGCCUCUCCCUGCUGGCCAAUGCCUGGGGCAUCCUCAGCGUUGGUGCCAAGCAGAAGAAAUGGAAGCCACUGGAGUUCUUGCUGUGCACACUCGCCGCCACCCACAUGCUCAACGUGGCGGUGCCCAUCGCCACCUACGCUGUGGUGCAGCUGCGGCGGCAGCGCCCUGACUAUGAGUGGAACGAGGGUCUCUGCAAGGUCUUCGUGUCCACCUUCUACACCCUCACCCUGGCCACCUGCUUCUCGGUCACCUCCCUCUCCUACCACCGCAUGUGGAUGGUCCGCUGGCCUGUCAACUACCGGCUGAGCAACGCCAAGAAGCAGGCAGUGCAUACCGUCAUGGGCAUCUGGAUGGUGUCCUUCAUCCUGUCAGCCCUGCCUGCUGUUGGCUGGCACGACACGAGUGAACGAUUCUAUACCCAUGGCUGCCGCUUCAUCGUGGCGGAGAUUGGCCUGGGCUUCGGCGUCUGCUUCUUGCUGCUGGUGGGUGGCAGUGUGGCCAUGGGCGUGGUCUGCACAGCCAUCACCCUCUUCCAGACGCUGGCUGUGCAGGGCGGGCGGCGUGCUGACCGCCGUGCCUUCACCGUGCCCACCAUUGUGGUAGAGGACGCACAGGGCAAGCGCCGUUCCUCCAUCGACGGCUCGGAGCCUGCCAAAACCUCGCUGCAGAUCACAGGCCUGGUGGCUGCCAUCGUGGUCAUCUAUGACUGUCUCAUGGGCUUCCCUGUGCUGGUGGUGAGCUUCAGGAGCCUGCGGGCUGAUGCCUCUGCGCCCUGGAUGGCUCUCUGUGUGCUGUGGUGCUCCGUGACCCAGGCGCUGCUGCUGCCUGUGUUCCUCUGGGCGUGUGACCGCUACCGGGCUGACCUCAAGGCUGUCUGGGAGAAGUGCAUGGCCCUCGUGGCCAACGAUGAGGACGCAGAGGAUGAGACCAGCCUGGAGGGUGACAUCCCCCCCGACCUGGUGUUGGAACGCUCCCUCGACUACAGCUGUGGAGGUGACUUUGUAGGCCUGGACAAGAUGGCCAAGUAUGAACUCACCGCCCUAGAGGGAGGCCUGCCCCGGCUCUACCCCCUGCAGCCCCUGCAGGAAGACAAGAUGCAGUACCUGCAGGUCCCGCCCACGCGGCGCUUCUCCCACGACGACACGGACAUGUGGGCUGUCGCCCCGCUGCCCCCCUUCCUUCCACGCUGGGGCUCUGGUGAGGACCUGGCAGCCUUGGCCCACCUGGUGCUGCCGGGCAAGCCGGACCAGCGCCGUGGCAGCCUGCUGGCCUUUGCUGAGGACGCGCCCCCAUUCCGCCCGCGCCGCCGCUCGGCCGAGAGUCUGCUGUCGCUGCGGCCCCCGGGCCUGGACGGCGGCCCGCGCCGCGCCCACGACUCGCCGCCCGGCAGCCCGCGCCGCCGCCCUGGGCCUGGCGCCCGCUCCGCCUCGGCCUCGCUGUUGCCCGACGCCUUCGCCCUGACCGCCUUCGAGCGCGAGCCGCAGGCCCUGCGCCGCCUGCCGGCCCCCUCGCGGCCCUUCCCGGCCGCCCCCGACGGCGCGGAGCCCGGCGACGCCCCGCCGCCCCCUGGCAGCAGCGGCGCACGGCGGAGCCCCGGGCCGCGCCGAGCCGCGCGUGCGCACGCCGGGCCCCUGCAGAGCGGCCUGAGCGCGUCGUGGGGCGAAGCCGGCGGCCUGCACGCGGUGGGCGGCGGCGGGAGCACCAGCAGCUUCCUGAGCUCGCCCUCCGAGUCCUCGGGCUACGUCACGCUGCACUCGGACUCGCUGGGCUCGGCGACCUAGGGUCCGCCAGCGCCUCCCCAUGGACGCCAGGCAGGUGGGGCCACAGCACCAAAGAAGCCACUGUGUCCCGCGCCCAGAUCUGCACCACCCCUCCUAGGGGUGAGGGAGCAGAGGCCUCAGCGCCUCUGGCUUCUGGCUCCUCGCUGCCGGUGUUCCCUAGGGAGCCACUGGCCGUCCUGGAAGACUGCACUGGCAUGAACCCACUGCUGGGCACAGCCUCUCCUGGGCAGGCAGAGGGAGGAUAGACUUGGAUAGGGGAUGACAUUUGCACUUUGACUGUGCCUUUCCUGGCCCUCUGCAACUGGCCUAGGAGUGCAGGGAACCCUGGGACAGGGCCACCAGUAGAACAAAGUCCCAGCCUUAGAGAAACUGGAACCAGAAGCCACUGGACUGCACACUGCGUUCUACUCUGUGCUGCAACCGCAGGUUCUUUUUAAGCCCAGGGGUCUUCAGAGCCGGGUCAAGCUCUCUGCAUCGGUCUCCCUGUCUGUGACUUGUUCUGCCUCCUUUCCCUAUCUGUCAUGAGCAGGUGACCAUGGUAUCUCUCAGGGCUGUUUGAAGAAGUCUGCCACUGAGUGGACCAGAUCUGAGAGGUCAUCUAGGGCCCUCUUGAGGGUCCUUUGUGAGGGUCAGUUUUCAGCGUGUGGUCCCCAGGCCUGAGGCCUUCCACUUUCAGUGCCCCUUUCCCCCUUGGGGACUCACUCCACCCCAGCUAAGCACAACACUUUUGCACCAUCACUAUUGGCACCAAGGCCACCCUGACUCCUAUUAGUGUCCUCGUACUCAUUUCUCCACCAUCUUUUCCUGUCCCCCACCACAUCAGCCACUCUGACUCCCACUGUGAAAGUUGUGGGUACACAGUGCAGAGAGGACUAAACCAAAGGGAGGCAGUGGGCUUCCUUAUCCCAGUGCCCAUCUCCAGUCCCUCACUUAUGCAGGGGUGGCCCUUGGCAAAGGAUGGGACAGGGCUGUCUUUGCUGUCCUUCCUGGGCAGACUCUAGCUGGCCUGGGUUCUGCCACAGGCCUGAACCUUCCCAGGCAAAGGAAAGGCCCCAGGAAUAGCCCUGCCAUCCUAAAGCAGCCCCUCAAUAUGGCCCUGAAGCCAGUUUCAAAGACAGCACAAACCUAGCCUGUCUCUCUGCCCCUCAGGUGACCAGGUCCAUCUCCUCCUCCCAGAUGGGGUUCCAGCUCCAGAAGAGGCUGCUGGGGGUGGGGACAGGUGAAUGCCAAACGAUGGGCUUCAGAAGCCCCUGUAGUCCCUGGCUGUGGUGUAAGUGGGAAAUGAGCUGGCCACAAGGGAGCAAGUCAGGGGACUGCAGUUAGUCCAGCCCUAGCCUUAGAAGGGGUUGCCAUGGCCAAUGCUACUGUGCCUUCAAGGACCGGCGUGUCAUCCGGGGACAGAGCCCACCAGCUAGCCACUUGGCCCACUUGUCACCUUGGGUUUGCACUCUCUGUAUUUCAUAUCCAAUGGCAAUACUUGCAGCGGGGACAAGGUUCCCCUGAAUCUACCGGGAGGAUCCCAAGCAGAGGACCCUGGGGCCUGGGGCUCACUUGCACACCGUUCAGCUCCCAGGCCUGGCUGUGUUUAUGAAGAGCUUGACCCUGAACUUUGUGGGGAGGGAGCUCUGUCUACAUACCGCCACUCAGCCCAGAGCCAAGGAUCUGUUUGUAGUUUUUGGAAAACAGCGUUU